AUGUUUGCUCCUGCGACCCAACCGCAACAGCAGCAGCAGCAGCAGAUGCAGAAGAACCAAUCGGAGUCCGUUUCAUCUGCUGAAGAAGACGCCUUGAAGUGGAACACCGAUUGCGUUUACUUCCUUGCGUCUCCUUUAACCUGCAAGAAGGGAGCUGAGUGUGAGUAUCGCCACAGCGAGUUUGCGCGAAUGAACCCAAGGGAUUGCUAUUACUGGUUGAGUGGAAAUUGCAUGAACCCCAAAUGUGGCUUUCGUCAUCCUCCUUUGGAGGGAUUGUUGGGAAAUCAAGGAGGUGCUCCGGCUGGUUCUGCACAGCCACCAUCACAUGCAACCGCUCAGGCUCAUCCCGGUGUUGCGAAGCAGCCGGUUCCAUGUGUUUUCUUUCAAAAGGGAAUGUGUGUGAAAGGAGAUAUGUGUUCUUUCAUGCACACUCCGAAUCCUGCUGGUUAUAAAAAGCAGCAUCCUCCCGCAGAAGCUAAGCCUGAUGCUGCUGAUACCCAGUUUCCCAAAAAGCCAGCUGAGGAGAAGAAACUGCCUGAUGCUAAUCUCUUCUCAAAGGCAGUUAAAGCCGUAUCGGCUGCUCCAAGAGUCACAUCUGCUGCUGGCCUUAGGGAUAGUAGAAGCGUAGAGGGAUACGUUCCAAAACAUGUGGGUUACGAGCCUGUUGUGCAGAGAAAGAGCGUUGGUGUUACUUCUCUUAAUGAAGGAAACCAUUCGACUCAGUUGCUUCAGAAAUAUGGAUCUGAGGAUAAUAACAGUUUCCACAAUGGUAAGGACACGGACGAGGUGUUGAGAGAGUCGUCUCCUGGAUUUGAUGUUCUUGUGGAUAACGAGGAUAGAGACUCUGAGUAUUACCACGUUGAGGAUCGGUAUGGACGGAGAAGUCAGGAAAGAGGGAACUCUGUAAAUGAGUAUGACCCUGAUUUCAGCGCGAUUGCUCAUGGAGAUGGAGAAGCGUUUCGUGAUCAACGUUUUGAGAGGGAAGAGAGGUACGCAUGGGGCCACCACCGUCGAGUUUCUUCCGAGAGAGGAGAUCGUUCGGAGAGAAGGGUUUACGCGGAAGAUGAGAGAUCGGAGAACAUACCGGCGUCGGAUCUGAGAUAUCGCUUGGCUAAGCAGAGGAAAGUGAACGGUAUGGGAUCAGUAGGAAGCCAUGAGUAUACUGCUCAGGACUCUUCAGUGGAAAGAGGAUAUAGAGACUCUCGUAGGAAUACACCUAGGGAAAGCUCCAUUAGCAGCAGCCGUCUUCAGGGUAGGAUUAAGCUUCGUGAGAGAAGCAAUGGCGAGGAAGGUCACUUUGACAGGAGAAGUGAGAGAGGGAGGGAGAGAAGCGAGUUAUCUCAAGGUAGACUCCGAGAUAGAAUUAAGGGUAGGUUAGAGGAAAACCAUCAGGAAAGAGGUCUCCGAGACCGAGCUCCAUGGGCGAGAAGAGGAGAAAUGGACGACGAGAGAAGAUCAUCAGGCUUUUCAGCCAUUGCAGAAAGUAAAACUAGUAGAAAAGAGGAAAGUAAGACAGAGCCAUCUCUUGGUAAGAGGAAAAGCUUGGAGGAAGAUGAUCAUCAUCAUCAUCAACAUAGGCGAUCAGGAGAUUCAUUUGCAGCUCCAUUGCCUUUCAGUGAGAUUCUGAAGAGAAAAAGAGCGGCUGCAUCUGGUGGUAGCAGCAAGAAGGAGGACGAGACAUCGAAAGAGGAAGCUGGAGAUGAGAGCAGACCCAUAACAGAAGAGAAAACGGAGAUUGUCUCUGAAGCCAAAGGUGAACUAGAAGAAGGAACGAUUAUGGAGGAAGGAGAGGAAGUGAUUGGGGAAGAGGGAGAGCAAGUGUAUGAAGGAAACGAAGAGGAGCAAGCUUACGAAGGCGAUGAGCUAAACGGUGAGUAUUAUUACGAAGAAGGAUAUGAAGAAGGUGGAGAGUACACGUAUGAAGAAGGCGAAGAAGUUGUUUACGCGGCUGAGGAAGGAGAAGAAGAAGCAACAGAAGGAGGUGAACCUGAGGGUGAAGAAGACAUUGAGAAGAAUGUUGAGAUGUUGUCAUAA